AUGGCUUCGGUGGCGGCGUGGCUGCCGUUCGCGAGAGCCGCCGCAAUCGGAUGGGUUCCCAUCUCGAGACAGCCCAUGCCACAGGCCCCAGUUGCUAUUCAGGCCAAAGACCUCGCCGUCGACCAUGUAUCUGAUGAGAAACUGGCGAUUAAUAUAUCCGGACGACGGUUUGAAACGUGGAAGAACACGCUGGAGAAGUUUCCAGAGACCCUUCUCGGAUCAAACGAGAAAGAGUUUUUCUACGACGAAGACACGGGAGAAUACUUUUUCGAUCGAGAUCCAGAUAUCUUUAGACAUAUUCUCACUUUCUACAGAACUGGAAAGUUACAUUACCCCCGCCACGAAUGCCUAGUUGCCUAUGACGAAGAGCUGAGUUUUUUUGGCAUCAUGCCAGACCUCAUAUCCGACUGUUGCUACGAAGACUAUAAAGAUAAAAAACGAGAAAAUCAAGAAAGGUUAAUGGAGGAAAGAGUGGAAACAGCUGAAGCGAAUACGGCGAAACAAUCACUUCAACAGAAGAUGUGGGCUGCAUUCGAGAAUCCACAUACCUCCUCGAUAGCUCUUGUAUUCUAUUAUGUCACUGGAUUCUUCAUUGCAGUCUCAGUUCUUUGUAAUAUAGUUGAAACAAUUCCAUGCUGGUAUCAGGACAAUAUGGCAGUAACUUGUGGAGAAGCCUAUGAAGAACAAUUCUUUGUGAUGGACACAGCGUGUGUUAUUAUUUUUACGAUUGAAUACUUUUUACGGUUGUUUGCGGCGCCCGAUCGAUGUAAAUUUAUGAGAUCAAUAAUGAGUGUGAUUGAUGUGAUUGCCAUUAUGCCGUACUACGUCAGUUUAGGACUCACCGAUAAUAAGGACGUCUCCGGAUUAUUCGUCACUUUGAGAGUUUUUCGAGUAUUCCGAAUAUUCAAGUUCUCUCGUCACUCUCAAGGUCUUCGAAUUCUGGGUUACACUCUUAAAUCGUGUGCAAGUGAACUUGGAUUCCUUGUUUUCUCUCUCGCAAUGGCUAUCAUCAUAUUUGCAACAAUCAUGUAUUAUGCAGAGAAGAAGGUCGAAUCAACACGAUUCACAUCAAUUCCAUCUGCUUUCUGGUACACAAUUGUCACGCUGACAACUCUUGGUUACGGAGACAUGGUCCCUUCAACGAUAAUGGGUAAAAUAGUGGGAGGAAUAUGUUCAUUAUCCGGAGUGUUAGUCAUUGCCCUGCCCGUUCCUGUCAUCGUCAGCAACUUCUCUCGAAUCUACCAUCAGAAUCAAAGAGCUGAUAAGAGAAGAGCUCAGAAGAAAGCCCGUCUUGCUCGCAUUCGAAUCGUAAAGAACGCUUCAGGACAAGCUUUGUUCAAUAAGAAGAAGGCUCAUGAAGCUAGGAUGCAGGCGUUUGAACAGGGUCAACUCUCAUUCGAUGCCCUCCGUGACGAAGACAUCUUCGAAAUCCAACAUCAUCAUCUCCUCCAAUGUCUAGAAAAAGCGACGGAACGAGAAUUUGUGGAAUCAGAAGUGUUAUUUGAAGGUGGUCGAAAUACACCGCCGCCCAGUGAAACGGCUUCAUUGAGAGGGAAGACAAAACGCAAACGGAGAUUGUGCUGUGUCUCGAAAGAAAACGAAGAGAUGGAUGAACUGGAUCGAGAGACGCGAGUCACGUUCAAUCAGAAUCUUAAUCAGAUAUGUGAACUACCAAAAAAUGAAGACGUGGAACAUAAUCAGAAUGAUCAUCGAAGUUGUCCUGGUUGUCCAUUCUGUCCUGGAGUUCCAGCUUGUCCUGGUGGUCCUUGUGGUCCUGGCUCUCCUGGUGCUCCUGGCUCUCCUGGAAUCAAUGGCUCCGAUGGUGCAUCUUGUCCUGGAUUUCCAUCUUGUCCUGGUGCUCCUGGUUGCCCGUUGACUCCUGGUGGACCCUUUGGUCCCGGUUGUCCUGGUUGUCCAUCUUGUCCUGGUCCUCCUGGUUGUCCAUCGAGUCCAGCAUCUCCUGGUGGUCCUGGUGGAAGUCCAGCUACUCCUGGCUUUCCUGGGCGUCCUGGUUUACCAGGAUUACCAACUGGGCCAGCUGGUCCUGGAAGGCAACACCCGGAGCAUGAUCCUCCAGAGGCACCAGCAGAGGAUCCAGCAGCACCAGAAUCUCCAUAG